AUGUCUCCACCCUCCGAGCUUCCAAAUCCACAUCUGGUGAUAGGCCAUGGAAGAAAGCUGGGUAGUCCUGCAUUUUGCCUCGUACAGAACACAAAGUGUAAAUGGAUUCAAUUUGUUCACGUUUGCUGUGAAGACCUAGGAAAGUACAAGAAAACAGUGGCUGCAACAGAUACAAUUGAAGAGAAUGAGAAGAAGCACAAGAUGGAAAUUGAGUGUUGCAAAGCAGCAGAUGCAGUUGUUGCUGUGGGCUCACGUCUACAACAGAAGUACAGCAGAAGUUUGCCACAGGUCAUAGUGGAGAUUAUCACCCCUGGAAUCUUUGAAAGGUUUUCCUGUGAAUCUCAAUCUGCUAUGCAUAGAUCAGUAAAGAACUUUAAUGUGUUCUUGUUUGGCCGAGCUACCUUUGAGGAUCUUUCCCUAAAAGGUUAUGAUAUUGUUGCAAAUGCCAUAGGUUCUCUCAGUAAGAACUUUGAGCUGACAUUUGUUGGUUCAUCUCCUGGCAAACAUCAAAAAGUUGAGAAGUGGUUUCUUGACAACACUCGCAUUGACCGCAACCAACUUACCAUCCGUGGCUAUUGCAGUAAUCCAGAGGAACUCAAGAUGAUGUUCUACCAGUCAGAUUUGGUCGCCCUACCUUCCCGUACAGAAGGCUUUGGGCUGGUAGCCUUAGAGGCCAUAUCUGCUGGAGUUCCUGUACUUGUAUCUGGUGAAUCUGGAGUGGCUGAGGCUUUGAAAGAAGUAGAAGGUGGAAACACUGUUAUCAUUGAAUCAGAUGAGGAUGCAGAUUUAUAG